AUGUCGGUGCCUCUCAUUUCUGGAGUGGUCCUUACAAAAACAGUUCCGAUUUAUCCAAGAUCAACUCGCAGCUCAAUUUCUGAGAGGUCGUCACCUCCAAUACAAGUGUGCGCCUAUAAAAUGAUGGAAUUUGGAGUAAUGUUGUGCACAGCUGUCAUUCUGCGUCUGAUGCCUUGGAGCCGAGUGUUAUUUGUGUGUGGACCUAACUCGCUCGACGUACGUGCCGCUGAAAUUGGGCGCGUCUUUCCCAGUUGUUAA